UACCCUACUAAUCAUUUAUUGGUAGUGACAAGUAAUAGUGCAUGUGUGACAUAUACGUGUAAAUAUACAACCAUUUUCUUUGGAAGCAAAAUACCGUUUUUGAAUUUUACGGACAUCUAUUAUAAUUAGACAUUCGAAUCUAAUAACCAUGAGUCAAUGUUCCUUUGUCAAAAUUAUUGCAAAUAUUGUUCCUUUGUCAAAAUUAUUUUCAAAGUGAAUCUGGUGGUAUUAUAUUUAUUGGAACAAGGGCAACAUAAAGGUUAUGCAAUUAUUGUUAAAGUUUUGUGAUAUUGACUGUAUUUAUGGACCUUGGUAGUUUGAAAUGGAGGGGUCACUUUGUAAUUAUUGGUCAGAGUUCAUGUUAUGGUACCUGAAAUAUAGAUGGGUUGGUUAUCUUGUAAUGUUUUUUAUGUACUUCAGAGAAAUCCAGCAUUCCAGUUUCAUAUUGCCUAGCACAAAUGCUCUAAGCAUAUGUAAAAUCGAAAAGAGGUGAAAUUGGCUUGGAGCGUUUUCCAGAGCACUUCUGCAGAAAUGGAGACAACACACGAUGAGGAAGUGAAAUCCGCUUCUCAUGAAGUUCAUGGACCAACCAUGGAUGAAUGGGAUCCGUGGAAUCCUCCCCGUCCUCCAUGCCGUCCUGCUCCUCCAGAUCUUGACUUGAAGUCCCAUGCCAAAUUGAUCAGUGAGUGGUAUGAUGAAGUAAAUGAAGUGAUCGCUACCUCAAGAAGGACCAACAUAAUCACUCCAGAUCGUACUCCUGAGUCGGUGGAUGACGCCUUAUGGGAUCUACUUCCCCGGUUGGUGCCCAUACUGGAACAGGAUAGCGUGCGGCGCUUCCUUGACUUAUUCGAUCAUCAAGAUUGUGGCUUGGCAUGGGGUUUCAUAAUCACCCCACUAACCUUCACCCAGAUGGUCAAGCAAAAUGCGCUGCGAUGCGCUAAAGUUGCCUUGGAGGGCAAGGCACCUGAGCUUUCUGGGUUACGUGCCAAUCCCAACUGCAUGAACCGAUAUGGAUAUUUCCCCCUCCACGAAGCUGCUGAAAUGUUCUCUGUUGACAUGAUCAAGUUGCUCCUCCGCUAUGGUGCGUCUGCAAAUGUACGCACGGCUGGUGCUGAGGUCAUUGAGGGCCUACUCCCACUCCAUGUUGCAGUUGAGAACACUUGCCUGCAUAAGUAUCUGGAGGACAAUGCAUUUCUUAACCAGGAGGAUGUGGAUAACAACCAGGCAAAUGUAAACUAUGUCUGCAAGCUCAUCCAUCUUCUGUGCCUGCCCGAAAUGAAGAUCUUCUUGGAUACGACUAGAGUGCUUGGGGAACGCACAAAUAAUCUUAUCGAUGAACUCUGGAAUUACAUAAAGGAUGGAAAACUUGUCCAGAGUGCAAUUUUGCUCCUGGCAACUCAAAAGCACAUCCGUGGGGGGUCAUCCUGCAACAAAAACGGCAAAAGCAAGCCAGAUGGGUUUUCUGUUAUCAUAAAUCGUAUUCUGGACCACACUGUUAGCUUGGAGAGAGGUCAAAAUGGAAAGGAAAAUAAACAACUGGAGGUGGAGAAAAAGCUUACUAGAGCUGCAUUACUUCUUGUUCAUGCAAUUUCCCAAGCUGGUGAAACUCUUGAUGCAUAUAUCCGAUCACAUCCAGAGGUGCCCUAUAACAUGCAGAUGCCCCAUAACGAGGUACUUGAUCAUGUCUCAUCGAUUCUCAAAGAUAAAGGUUUCUGUCCUACUGGAGAAGACAUCGACAUUGGAAACCUCUGCCGCUAUGAGCGUGUAUUGUCCGAAGAAGAGUUACCUAACAAACAUGGGGGUAUUUUUGCAAUCGAGGCAGUUACAGGAAUGCCUUGUCAGCAUUCUAAAGCAGAAAAGGUUGUGAGAAACGCAACACCUAGAGCAUGGAAACUCAAAUAUGCACGGAGAAGUUUUUUCCCAUAUUGGAGAUCAGUGCUAAAAUCCAAGUUGCCUGUGAAGGUGAUCCCAGGAUGGGAUAUGCCUAGUCUUGAAGAGCUCGAAAACUCAAGGAAUAAAUCAGCGGGCCAAGGAUCUUCCCCAAUUCCAGAUCUCAAUCUUGGUCUGGUCGAAAGGUUUAAGCAGUUAAGUAAUCAGCACAAAAGGACGUUUUGUAGUGCUGCAUUUCCACUGUUGAAGGUGUUGAGGAAUGCAUGAGCUGGAGGUACGCCAUAAGUUAUGUUUUCUUGUCCAAGCUUAUUUAUUACCAACAAAAAUAGCAUGGAGGGACAGUAACUUGCUGACGCGCUUAAGAACUUUUAGAAACUUCUGUCACUUGGAUUUAUUAAGGUUUAUAAAGCUGUUAGAGAGAAAUUAUAUUGUAUCUCAUUCUUCCUAGUUCCUUUGCUCACUGCAUUUUGAGGCAAAUACGCAGAUGCCUUUGUGUAAAAUCAACUAAUGUUCACUUGGACAGAAUACCUAGAACCGUAGGAAUAUCUGAUAAUCAUUUCCUGGAUGUAA